AUGAGCCAACAAGAGCAACCAAGUAGGCCACAAGAGCCAGUGAAAUACGGAGAUGUUUUCGAAGUCACCGGUGAGCUCGCCGAUAAGCCCAUAGCGCCUGAAGAUGCGAACAUGAUGCAAGCAGCGGAGACACGUGUCUUCGGACACACUCAGAAAGGCGGUGCGGCCGCCGCCAUGCAGUCUGCAGCCACCGCCAACAAACGCGGUGGUUUCGUCCACCCAGGAGACGCAACCGACCUCGCCGUGGAACGAGGUGUCACCGUGGCGCAAACUGAGGUCCCCGGUGCACGUGUCACAACAGAAUUCGUCGGUGGACAGGUCGUUGGACAAUACGUUGAGCCGAGACCAGUGGGAGUGGCGGCAGCGACGGACGCAGAAGCGUUGGGAUUGAAUCUGCAAAGUGCGAUAACAAUAGGAGAAGCAUUGGAAGCAGCUACGCAAACCGCCGGAAACAAACCGGUUGAUCAGAGCGAUGCAGCAGCGAUUCAAGCAGCGGAGGUUAGAGCUUCCGGCACCAACGUCAUCGCUCCCGGUGGAAUCGCCGCUUCAGCUCAAUCCGCAGCUGUACACAACGCUAAUGUUAACCGCGACGAGGACAAAAUCAAACUCGUCGAUGUUUUGGCGGGGGCGACGGGGAAGUUACCGGCGGAUAAAGCUGUGACGAGAGGGGAUGCGGAGGGAGUGGUGAGCGCCGAGCUGAGAAACAACCCUAACUUGUCUACUCAUCCUGGUGGCGUGGCCGCUUCUGUUACCGCCGCCGCUAGGCUUAACGAGAGAGCCGAUAUAUGA